GCGAAAUCUAAUCUUAUUUCUCUACGUUUUCGUUCCAGUUCGGAAUUCUUCAGAGUAGCGGAACAUGGUGAAGUGUAUGAAGAAGUGUAGAAGAAUCACGAAGGUGGCGGUGAUGGAGGUGACGCAGGUGGUGGGAAUGAGGACGAGAGCGAGAUCCCUCGCGCUAGCUGCGGCGGCGGAGCUCAGGGUAAGUCGAAAGCGGAAGGCAGGAAGAUCAGAGAAUGGAGAGCUGCAAAUGGCGUACCUGAAACUGAGGAGCCGGAGCUUGGUGAUGACGCAUCGGGACCAAUCGAAAUUGGCGGGGAUUUCCGAUGGGAGAAUCUGCGGAAAUGGGGAACGGAUAAUCUCGCGGUGUUCAAGUAGCUCUUCCUGUGAAGCGGUGGAUGAGGAUGUUGACAUAUUGUUUCCACGUGUUAGGGUCCACACGCCCUGCGAGGAUGUGGCCAGUCGCUCCAUGUGUAAAUUUGAGUUCAGCGGAGACAGGAGAGAAAUGAGUCUAUCUAUUUAUUCGGGAGAGCUGGAAUCAUCAGCCGAGAGGAUAUCCCGGCAAUCCAAGCCUGAAUUCAGGACGCCGCCCGCAUCCGAGAUUGAAGAGUUUUUCACUGCCGCGGAGAAAUCAGAAAAGCAUCGAUUCGCAACCAGGUAUAAUUUCGACGUUGAUAAAGAGGUUCCAUUGGAAGGACGAUACGAGUGGGUUCGAAUAAAUCCAUGAAAUCACGAAGGCUAAACUAACUCAAUUAUAUUAUUUUCCUCCUAUCAUCUCUUCUCUUUUGCCUUAUUUCCUCUUCUAAUGUAAAUUUAAUGAGCAGCGAAGCUACAACCUCCUUCUCUGACUCCUUUCUUUUUCAACUUUUCCCAUACCGACCCAUUCUCUUAUCUCUUCUUACCUCUUCUUAUCAUAUUGGCUGAAACUUCUGAGCUCAGACUUUUCUCUCAUCAUCAUUCUCCAGUACUGGAAUCAAAGAAGAAUUCAAGAAGAGAGAGAGACAGAGAGAUGAGUAGUUUUAAUAAAAAUGGCUCCUAGUAGCCAAAAUCCGUGCACUUCCAUCUUCUUCCCAGUUCUGCUCAUUUCUGCGGUUCUGUGCUCAGGUAGGUAUUAUCAGGUUUCGACAAGGCUCAUUGACCGUAGGAUUUUUUCAUCGGACGGUGAAAACUUCGCAACUGUACCCUUCUUCUCUCUUUUCAAUGUCAUUUUGUUUAUUAUUCCAGCGUACUUUUUCCUUUUCUUCCGUGCCGCGGAGGUAACGAAGGCGGUGAAUUCACCGCCUGUGUGGUCGUGCUGAACGACAAGCCAGGCCGCAGGGUGCACGGAGAAAAUUCUGAGCCAAAAUUUGAUUGGUAACAAUUUCCAAACUAUUAAAUUUAUUUUAAGAUUACCAUAAUAUAUAAUUAAUCAAUUAGAUUUUAUAUUA